UUAUACCCCAUCAAAUGGUUAACAUGAAAAAACUUGGAGUAAAUGACUUUACUUGGUCAGAAUUUUAUUCGCGAACGUCUCUCCAAUAUUCAGAUUCUGUUGAUAGGCUUGGAUGGCCUGCUGCCAUUGGAACCGACAUGAAGAAUGUGGGGGCACAUUGUAAAUCUGCCAAAACUUUACCUAAAAAAUUUGCCGAGUUUGUGGAGGCGCCAGAGUCGAAAGGCACAAUUUAUGCAGCUUUUGGCACAAAUGUAGAUUGGAGUAGAGCACCAAAAUAUGUUUAUGAAUCGUUAUUGAGGGCUUUUAAUCAGUUUAAAGAUUAUCGGAUUAUUUUUGUUUAUAAUGGGCCUGAUUUGCCUAAUUUGGCCAAACACUUAUUGCUUACUAAAUGGGCUCCUCAACUUGAAAUUCUUGCGCAUCACAAAACUAAGGCUUUUAUUUCACAUGGAGGCAGUAAAAGCUUACGUGAAGCCUUAUGUACAGGUGUCCCUAUAAUUGUUAUGCCUGUUUAUGCUGAACAAGCGUUUAGCGCCAAUCUUAUGUUGGCAAUGGGACAUGCACCCGUUAUUAAUAAAUUUACUUUAACUGAAGAAAGUGUUUAUAAAACAAUUGAUGGGAUAUUAUCAAAACCAGAAAAACAACAAAAAUCCAAAAAAUUAAAAGAAAUAUUCCUUGAUAGACAAAUACCAAGUAUGGAAGAAGGCAUAUUUGCUGCAGAAAGAUUGUUAAGAAUUGAUAGUGAUUAUUGGAGAAAAUAUACACAAAGGAUGGGGAUGAAAUUAGAUUGGGUGAAAUUUGUUUAUUUUGAUUUUAUUUUGUUUGUUUUUUGUUUUGCUUUAAUUUUGUAUUUCUAA